UGCUUUACUAACUACCAGUGGCGCACAGGCUAUUGUGUGUUGUACGAGGCCCGUCCGUCGCUACUACUCGUAUACAUAUACCACACACUGGUACAGCACGGCCACCGUAUACCGGCUGAUCGAUCUCUCCACACGACUGCCAAUGUAAAUCCCCGUAAAAUAUCAUGUAAUUUUACACCUAUUAAUACGACACUGUGUCAGAUCGCGGGGUUGUGGAUCGGUGUGACUGGCGAGAUGUGAGACGAAGGACCAGAGCCGUUAUUGCGAAGGAACGUCGUCUAAACGUGUGCGAUGAAUAGUGAGAACGCGUGUGUGAUAGAUACUCCCCGUCAUCAUUACUAUCAUCGUCAUCUUCAUUACAAAGCAUUGGCGGCAGUGUAUUAAAGUGUCGUAUGGAUUUUCCAGCAUCGCUACCAACACCACCGGCUGUAUCCAUGAUUGUAUGUCGUCUGAAGAGGAAACAUUGGGUGUUUGUGAGAGAUAGGUUAUAUAAUGCAAGCUAGCACACCAGGCGAGCCACAAUCAGCCGAUAUAACAAGGGUGUCAUCUUCUUUAUAUCGCCAUAGCAGCAGCGAAAGCGGCACCAGUAGCGAAGGGGUCAAAUGCAUCCCUUUUAACCCUGUCACGAGGGAAAGCAUCAGUGGCGUAUCUAUAACCAUGAAAACCCAGCCCCGGAAAGACGGCUUCGACCCCGACCACAAAACAACGACCAGGAUAGAUUUUGGGGAUUUCUUUCCUGACGGCGGUUGGGGCUGGGUGGUGACAGGGGCCGCAACUCUAGUAAACAUUUUGUGCAAUGGAUUCCAUUACGCCUUCGGGACACUGUACCUCUGUAUACUGGAACAAAAGGAACUGAAACAUCGAGCAGACGCCAUUAACACGGCAUGGCUCGGGAGUGUCGGUGUUAGCAUCACGCUCUUCCUUUCGCCUGUCAUUGCCACUAUCUGUCAACGAAAAAGCCCGAGACUGUAUGCUGUCAUUGGGGGCCUUAUCUGUUCCCUUGGGUGCUUGUUUUUAGCCUUCUCAACCGAAAUGGAUCAGUUAUUUAUCAGCCAUUGUGUCGUGCUUUCAUUGGGAAGUGGAAUAACUCUUACUUCUGCCAAUAUUAUUGUUGGACGUUACUUCCGCCGGAAGCGACAGAUCGCGGAAAUGAUAAUGAUUUCCGGUACAGGUCUUGGCGCUGCUGUAAUGUCCGUUUUAUUUAGGAAUCUGUACAAAAAAUUAGAAUGGCGGGUCGCCCUUCAGUGCCUAGCUGGUAUCCUGGUGUUAACUAUCUUCGCAGGAUCUCUAUAUCGCUCCGCGUCCAUGUAUCACCCCCGGCGGAAGGUUAUUGUACACAUAAAGUCCCAGAAAAAAGGUCGUAGGGAUCAAGAAGACAGCCACACCGUGUCCUACUUUGACUUUUCUGCACUUAGGAUGCGCUCGCUCCAGGCCCUGAUGUUCAUCACAGGAAUCGUGGGUCUGGGGAUUUACGUCCCAUUCGUUGUCAUGAUAAAGACGGGAUCAGAGCAUUAUGACAAGGAUAUGUUGCUGCUGUACAACGUUUACCUGGGUCUGGGAUUUCUCCUCGGAUGUCUUAUACACGGAUACAUCGUAAUCCGGGAAAGUAAGGAGUGUGUUAUAUCCACUCACCACCUGUGCCAGUCCUCCUGUAUAGCUUGUGGAGUGCUCACUCUUCUCCUCAUCAUGGCUAAAGACUUCAAUGCCUUCGCCCUGUAUGCCUGGGCGUUCGGUAUCUUCUGUGGAGGUUAUCAUUACACACUAAAAAUGUACACGUACGAACUGGUCAAGCUCAAAAUCAUGGAGAGGGCGUGGUCAUUUGUAGCUGUGGGACAGUGUAUCCCGGUGUUAAUAGGGUCUCCAAUCUCGUUAUACCUCAAUAGGACGUACGACACGCCGAAAGCUGGCUACAUUUUCUCUGGAGUGUCAAUGCUGUUAGGCGGACUACUUUUCUUCUUCAUGCCAAUGUUUGAAAAGCAUAAAUCAAACCAGGAAAUUAUCCAAAUCGCGAAAAACACGUGUAGCAAGAACAGUGCUGAGGCGGCCGCUCUGCUCGACCUUGACCUCACUGAAGCUAUGAUUACGAAGCCUCUAAACAAUGUACAGUUCAUUGUGUCGCCUUCGCGUCUAAAACAGAACGGUAAAGAUACAGGACGCAUUCAGAUGCAGUGUUUCAUACACCACAAAGAGAAAGAGAGACCAAGACAGAUACUGUUAUCUAAGAUCACUGAGGAGAAAGAAGGUUUACGUCUCGACUUCAACGAAGUGUCACACGCCUCGCUCUCCUCCAAGGCAACUGACAGCUCCUCGUCCAACUCCCACAGAAGGGACAGGUUUGAGCGGUCAGAACUCUCCCAUAGUUGUGCACACACAUCGGAGUACCCGAGCGACAGUACACAUUCAAACCACACGGGUAAGUCUGCCCAAUCAGAGAGCAAUUCAUCUCGUUCCGGCGAACAGCGUGGUGAGCACCGCAGCGAACAUAGAAAAUUCAAAAAGAGCAUGGACAAUGUCCGGAUAGAGUUAUUUGAUCCGCCGAGCCAGGAGAAAGAGUCGACAGCCACCGUUUCGUACGAUAGUGAUUUGUACAUAAACUUGUGCGAGGCUCAGGUUUAACGUUAUAUGUUAAUAUUAUAUACAUACAUACUAUUUUUCAGUUAUAUAACUUGUAUGACUAUAUUGUUAAGAUAAUUCGGCUUUCAUCAGUUUUAAUAAUAAAGUUGGUGUUUCCUUCGCUGCUCAGGUCUAGGAGUGAAACACAUGAAGGCAGCACUGUGGUACACUUUCUGGACGCGUGCCCAUUUUAUGGCUCGGACUGUCUUUGGGUUUGAGGUUGCUAUGUAUUUUGACUAUUCGGGACUGUCACAGGGGAAGAUGUUUUGAUGUUUCGUGGACUAGUUAACGCCCCGUGUUAUGGCUGGUUUCUGGACGGGUAACUACACCAGCCUUGUCGGUUGAUCACUAUCUCGGGCAGAUUUCAAGAAACUACAUUGUUCUAGAUUGCAUUGGUGUCUGAUUUGGAGAAGAUAUGGAUUUCUAUUAACAGGAUAUGUGGGGAGGAGUGACUUUACGGGGGUAUUAUUGGCGUAGUAGAGUUAUGUAUUACAUGGAAGACAAAGUAGAUUAGCUCCAUUUUUUCAUGGACUUUUACGUGAGCUUAUUGGAUAUUAAAAUAAUAUUGAAACAUAAUUUAACGAGGCCAAAAAACUUGUAGGCUUUUAGCUUAUGACUGCCAGAAUCCUUUCCAAACUAUGAGAGAAUUUAAUGUGUGGAAGCGGUGCGGAAAAGCAUAUUGUUUUUCAUCGAUGCAUGUAGAGAGUAGAUGUUGGUCGGGAUCGGGGUUAGGGUUAGGGUCGCGGGGUCGGGGUUUUAGGGGAAGGGGUCGAGACUGACCUGAAUGGCUGCCUCUAUUCCUGGCGUGUGCCUGGAUAUAAACUGUUUAUAUAAAUUAUAUACAUAUAUGUGUGUUAUAUGUUUGUGUCAAUCUUAACAAUUCCAGUCUUUAAUUAUAAGACAUGUCUCUUUACAGAAUAUAAUUUAACUUAUUUUAUAUUCACAAUAAAUGAAAAAAAAAAGAUGUCAUUAAAGAAACAACACAUUCCCAUAUGCUAUUCCAGUAGGAAUCAUAUUGGUUUUCCAAUUGUUCCUAACAAGCUCACUACCACACAAUAUAGAAUGCAUGUGUGUUGAGAUUUUCAAAUUUUGUACAGACCCAUCUUACAAUUAAAGACAACUGUAAAGAUGACCAUAAAUAAGUAUUAUGAUAUAUCUUUGUCAUUUUAUUUGUGUCAUUUGCUCAUGGGAAGUCGUGCUUGGACUUGUAUACAGAUUAUAUAAUUGUGAAUAAGUGAAUUUAAACUGAAAUUGGACUAGUUCUCCAUCACUUGUUGUAAUGUGGUACUGACUCAUUGUCGCAUAAUGAAUUUACUUAACCAGAGAAAGAGAGAGUGGGGAGGGGAUGAACCAGAGAGAGAGAGAGAGAGAGAGAGAGAGAGUGAGAGAGUGGGGAGAGGAUGGACCAGAGAAAGAGAGAGUUGGGAGGGGAUGAACCAGAGAAAGAAAGAGUUGGGAGGAGAUGAACCAGAGAAAGAGAGAGUUGGGAGGGGAUGAACCAGAGAAAGAGAGAGUGGGGAGGGGAUGAACCAGAGAAAGAAAGAGUUGGGAGGGAAUGAACCAGAGAAAGAAAGAGUUGGGAAGGAAUGAACCAGAGAAAGAAAGAGUUGGGAGGGAAUGAACCAGAGAAAGAAAGGGUUGGGAGGAGAUGAACCAGAGAAAGAGAGAGUUGGGAGGGGAUGAACGAGAGAAAGAAAGAGUUGGGAGGAAAUGAAACAGAGAAAGAGAGAGUUGUGAGGAGAUGAACCAGAGAAAGAAGGAGUUGGGAGUCGAUAACCAGGGAGAGGAGUUGAGGUGAUAGUGUGGAGGGCAGUAUGAGAGGGGAUGAGAGGGAAAGAGAGGAGGGGGUACGCAAGAUUGGGAGAUAAAACUAGAGGGAAAAGAGGGUAAUGAUGAGAGGGCGAGGAGGAAAUAGUUGGAGAACUAGGCCCAGUAUAUCUGAGUGUAUGACUGAUGAUCUGUGAAAUAUAGUACGAGUUCAUGAAUCAGUAAAUGUUGAAUAUUGUAGAGAUGUUUGAGGAUGGCUAGACAAAUAAGGUUUGUAAUGGAACAAAUAGCUAUAAAACUACAACAGUACAAUUUAUAGCAGGACUAUUUCAACGAACGAUGUAAUAUUGGAUAUGUUCCGACAUACCUCAAUUCCUACAGUGAUCCUUUGCCGAUGUCAAGGACAUUGUCAGUUAAUAUUGGUGAGGUUUUGAUACAGAUGUGGAGUUAGUAGUACAUUUCCAUCGGCGGAGUUAAUAAUCUUUGUUAUGUAUCGGAUAGAAUCUUUGAUGUCAAUUGUUCAAACAGAAACAAAACACCCAGCAUCGUUAGUGCAAUUGUUCUAAAUGUUUUAGAUGGAACAAAUGUAAGAUUCCAGCAUAGUUUUACUGUGGAAAUAUUCAACAUUUAUUGACCCAUAACUUGGACACUCCAUGUCGCAAUUUUGAGUGCUUCUGUGACAUAAAAUAUAUAAAAACCAA